AUGGCCGCAGAGGGGAGCGAGCUGGAUUAUGAGUUGUUGGGGCUGCUGGGGGUUGGCUCGUUCGGGCAUAUCUACCUGGCCCGCCGCAGAGGGGGGGAUGAGCUCAGGGCGGUCAAAAGACUUGCCAAGGCCAGGAUCAUCUCUGCGAAGCAGGUCGAUCAUGCUCUUAGCGAGGUGCAAGUACUACGCGAGUUUAGCCAUCCUUUCGCAGUAGGGUUCAAAGGGCUGUACCAAACGGACAGCCAUCUUGAGCUAGUGCUGGACUACGUGGCAGGCGGAUCCUUAUUCACAUAUCUACGCAAAGCCGGCAACCUUCCCAAACACGACUCCGUGGUAUACUCCGCCCAAAUCGUGCUACUUUUCUAAGCCCUGCACCAAAAGAGCAUCAUCUACCGAGACCUCAAGCCCUAGAACAUACUGAUCGAGAGGGACGGGUAUCUCAAGCUGACUGAUUUCGGGUUUAGUAAGGUGAUCCAGGACCGCACCUAUACGCUCUGUGGCACGCCGGAGUACCUGGCGCCCGAGAUCAUCAGGAAUGUGGGCCAUAGUGCGCCUGUGGACUGGUGGACGCUUGGAGUGCUGCUCUAUGAGCUGAUGGUGGGGAUCGAUCCCUUUGCCGACCAGGAUCCGCUGGUCAUCUACCAGAACAUUCUGGCCUGCAGACUACUCUUUCCGAAGGGGUUCGACAAAGAGGCCAAGUCGCUGGUCAAGCAUCUGCUUGUAGCAGACUUGUCAAAGCGUUAUGGCAAUACUUCAAAGGGCUGCCGGGCAAUUAAGGAACACAGGUUUUAUGACAAACUGGACUGGCAGGCCCUUUUGGACAAAACCCUUCCGAUGCCCUACCGUCCGUCCAUCCCGCCCGGCAAGGAAAACUGUCCUCUCAAGCACAAUCACCGUCAUUACAAGAUCAUCAACCCUUCGCCCCAGUGUCGCAGGGAAAGUUUUAAACUUGGUGGUUUUCGGAACGAAUAUUUUGGCGAUGGCAAGGACAGCCUCGAUAUGCAGGCCGCCGGGCUGAAGGACUCGCUGGAUGUAGGGAUGGUGCACAGCCCGAGCCGGAAAUCCUUCCAGAGUCAUUAUCAAAGGGCGAGCCUGCGCCGGGACAUCGACCAGAUCUGCGAACGGUCAGCCUACAAGCGAAGCUCCCUGGCGAGCUGGCUAGACCGCAGCAACGUCCGCAUCCCACCCAGCCUGCGGACAAACUACGACCGGCUGAGCGACUACAGCAAGCUGCUACGACCCUGA